GGCAAAAUAUUAACAAUUUAACGCGUUUAAUUAAUUAUAGUUUUAAGUUUGAAUAAAUGCACUAAAUUUCCGGCAACAAUUUUCAGUUUAAAGACAACAAAUUUAUAACUCAGAGUUGCUGUAUCUUAGCGAAAAUAGAUAGAUAGAUAGAUUGAAAUUUUAGGUUUUAUUAGAUAUUUAAAUCCCAAUUGGAAGUUUCGUAGAACCAACCUCACAAACUACUUCAUUUUCAAUAUAUUCUCUUUCUCUUUCUCUUCCCUUUGAUUUUGUCACGUUUUGCUCUAUCCAGAUUCAAUUUCUAAGUAAUUCAAUUCAACAAGGGUUUGAUUCAUUUUGUGUAAAGUGAGGUUUUUUACAAGAUUUUUGUCAAGUUGUGUAUUGGGUCAUUUGAUUACCUUUCUGGGUUUUCAUUACUUUUAGUUAUUUUGGAUCAAUUUCAUAAAUUGAGAUUAUAAUGCAUGUGAGAUUGGGGAUUUGAAUAUUGAAGUUGGAGUUUCUGGAUCAAGUUGUUUGUUUUAUAAUAUUUUGUGUAAUUAGUGUUAGAAGAUUUGUUUUGGGGGUAGUUUGUGGAAGUUAUGGAACUAGCUAGGCAUAGAGUAAUGGAGAAUGGGGGAGCUGAGGAAAUGGAUAUUGGAAGUCCUGUGGAUGAGCAUAGAUAUUAUCCUUCUCAUCCUUUUGGUUUGGUGAAGAAGAGAGCUUAUAUAUUUGAUGGUUUGGGGAAUUUUUAUAAUAAGGAAUGGGAUCUGGCUGACCUUUAUCAAAAAGAAGAAAAGGAAUUGGAUGUGGUGGAAGGACGAGCGAAUGAGUUUUCUUGGUACCAUGUGGAACUUCCAAAAGGGAAUCAAAAGUUGGCGCAAUCUGCACAGGAUUUGAUUGAUGUUUUAUGUCCGCCUUUGAAACUCCAAGAUAUUCUUUCACUUGUUAGCAAUGGACCCUUUUGUGCACAUGUUGAUGGUGCACUUGUGUUUCGGGUUAAUUCGCCUGGCCCUCCUUCUAGUGAUUUUACAUUUAGACUUGCUGCUAGAGUUACAGAGAAUUCGGUGAUUACCGUGUCAUUGGGACGUGUUCCUCGGCUAGGUUUCUCACGCAUGGGUGAAUCAUUACUUUCAGAAAUUCCUAGAGUUGAAAGCUCCUCUCGAUUUAGUGGUCAGCAGAAAGAAGGAAGUGGGACAGUGAUUAAGGAGCAUGUUCUUGAAUUCUUAUUGACUAUGAAUCAUUCUGAGGAAGCUGACAAUCCUGUUCCUAGAUCUGUCUCAGAACUUGUUGUUCAUAUAAUUGACACACAUGUAGAUCAGCUUCAAGAUCUUGUGACAAAGCUUGAGAUGGAGUUGGACUCUGUGGAGCUUGAUCUGGAUAAAGGUGGUUAUGAUUUGAAGAAACAAAUGCUAGAUGAUAGAAGAUUCCCUAAAUUACAUAUUAAUUUGCAGCGGCUCCUGCAGGUGAUUGCCCAUGGAGAACAAGUGUAUCUUCGUGUCAAAGAAAAAUCCUCUUCGAAAAGAUGGUUUGCGAGCGAAGACAUUAACUCCCUUGAAGAACUAAUUGGAAGGUUGAGGAGGCUAAAGGAGAAUGUAGGGUUUAUAGUUAAUCGUGUCACAGCAAUACAGGCUAGUCUUGACAGUUGGCAGUCGGAGCAAAUAAACCGUAAACUGUAUUAUCUUUCAUUCCUUUCAAUAAUAUUCCUCCCUUUGUCCAUCAUAACAGGAGUGUUUGGCAUGAAUGUUGGAGGAGUUCCAUGGACAGGUCAAAAUUCACCAGAGAUAAAGGAUGGUUUUCGCAAUGUUAUGUUACUCUGUGUCGCUAUGCUUGUUUUUGUACUACUCUGUUUCCUUUUCCCAGCUCUUUAUAGACGGAUAGUUACUGGUUGGCGAGAAAAGAGAACUCUUGGAAAAAGCUGGUCACUGAACAAGAAGUCGUUGCUCAGGAAACCGUUAAGAAUAGAUGAUGCGGCGAGAGGGGGUUACCUUCGGAUUUAAUGGUGUUAGAGUGUCGGUUUCAUUUACUCACUUCUUCUGUUUAUAAGAAUGUAACACUCACUCACAAGCAAAAACUAUCUUAUCAGAUGGUUUUCUUCAAUGGCUCACACAGAAGAAACUUGUAAAACUGACAUUUAGUUGUCAAUAAAAGAAUCACAAGAAGCACAAAUGGAAUCCUCAUGAAGCACAUAUUUUCUGGCUGAUGAAAUGAGAGAUUGUGAUCAAGCAAAAGAUUUUUGCUUAUUCUUUCAUUUCCCCCCCCUUCUUGGGAGACAGGGUGUGUGAGCACAUAAACUUGUACAGUGUAUUUUUCUUUACAUGGUUAAGAAAUGAAUAUGAUUACAAUUUUCCUGCUCUUUUCAAAA